AUGUUACCUUUUACAAUUCUUAUACAUAAUACAAAUGCAACACCAUCAUCACCAACAAAUCAUAUAUCAUUAACACAUUUUCUUGAAAAUAAUUUUCAUUAUCCAUUACAAUCAUCAUUUAAUCGUCAUGCACGUAUACCAUCAUUAUUAUCAAAUAUAUUUCUUUGGUUAGCUUUUUUAUUUACUAUUAUUAUACUACAAAUAAGUAAACAUGAAUUAAGUACAAAUGUAAGAAUACUUUAUGGUUUAAUGAUGUUAUUAAUUAUAAUUAUGUGUUAUAUAUUUAUUUUAUUGGAAUCAAAAGAUUGUACAGAACAAAUUUUACUUAAAAAACGUAUUCAAAUUGAUAUUAUUAAACGUGAACUUGGUUUAUUACAAAAAAAUUCAAAAUUAAAUAAUUAUUUAACUGUAAAAGCAACAAAUUAUUAUAAUUCGUUUAGACGAAAAUAUAUUGAUUAUCAACUAUAUGAUAAAUCACUAUGUGUACGUUUACAAUCAUUUUUUUAUCGUAAUAUUCGUUUAAUCGAAACUCCAUUUAAUAUUCGUCAAUAUUAUAUAAAUAUUCCUGAUUUUUCCAUAGAUAAAAAUCGUUUAUGUCAAAUAUUAUUUAAAUUUAAUUUAACAAUUAUUGGUCGUGAUGCUGAUAUUGUUUAUGAUGAUAUAAUACAAGAAUUUCAACGUCUUGAAAUUAAAUUAUUAAAUUCAACAAAUAAUAAUAAUAUUGAUUUAUAUUCAAUAAAUAAAUUAGCACGUUUACAACGAAAUAUUUAUUUUCAAUUUAAUGAUAUAAAACAACAAGAUUUAUUAUUUGGACAACGACGUACAUGUCUUGUUUAUGAAAAUAAAAUGAAAAUAUAUUAUCGAUGGUUUUUAAAUGAAAAUAUUUUUUGGAUAAUGACAUGUAUUGGUUUAUCAUGGUUAUUUCGUGCUAUAUUUGCAUGUUUAAUAACAAAAAUUAUUAUACCUAUACAUAUUGAAUUAGAAGGUGCUAUGCCUUUACAAUCAUUUGUGAAUAAUGAUGAAAAAAAUAUAAUUAAAGGAAAAAUAUCAUAUAUAAUUUAA